GGAGCUGUGAUGGAGCAGGAGGUGUCUAGUGCUAGCUGUCCAGCAGAAAGUGGAGGCACCGUCUUCCUGCAGCUGCUGGAGUUUAAAGCUCACCUGCUGGAGGCUGUAGAGGAGCUGCACAUCCACAGGGAUGCAGAGACGCGCUUUGAGGAUCAGAUCAGUAAACUGGUGCUGGAUAAACAGGAGCUGGAGUGGGAGAAGGAAUCCCUCCAAAAUCAAAUAGAGACAGAAGCAAAGCAGCACUCAGAGUCACUCAGCGAUGUUAAAAAGCAGUUUCAGGCCCAAAUCAGAGCCAGUGAGGAGGAGAAGGGGAAAUACCAAGUCAGUGCUGAGCUGAAAGACAAAGAGAUGAACAACCUGAAGGAAGAGCUGAAGGCACUGCAGUUACUGAAGUACAACUUGGAGAAGAAAUCAAGCGAGCUGGAACAGAAACUAUCGUUGCAGAGCCGCUCUAAGGACAGCCAGCUGAAGCAGCUGGGGGAGGUGGAGAAGCGUUUCAGUGCUGUGUCCAGGCAGUGUGCCUCGGUCAAACAGGCCCACCACACACUGGAACACAACGUUGAUGAGGCCAUGAAAAUAAACAAGAAACUGACGACUGCCAAUGAAAAACAAGAAGCAACCAUCGUGUCACUAAAGAAGGAGCUGGACGAGGUCUAUAACCAGCUGAUGAAGGCCAAGAUGGCCCCCGUCAGACAGGAGCAGGUCCUGAGUCCUGCAGGCAGAGAGCAGCAAGUCCAGCAUCUGAUCCACAGACUCAACAUGGAAACCGAAAUGAACAAGAAACUCAGGGAGGAAAAUGUAGCUGUAAUAUCAGAGAAGCAGGAAGUGCUGGUGUCCCUGCAGCAGGCCCAGCAGCUGCUGCUGACUCAGACUCAGACUGUUAGCAGAGCAGAGCUGCAGAUACAGACUCAGAGAGAGCAGAACCAGGCCCUUAAGCAGGAACAGCGGGCGAUGCAAGAGAAGACCAGAGCAAUAGAAGAGGAGCUGGCCGAGCUGAUGGAGAGCUACGCUGCUGCACAGAGCAGCUGGGACAAAGAGAAGUCAGUGUUUGUGUGUUGCAUGGAGAGAGAGCAGCAGGAGGUUAAAGCAGUGAAACAGGCUCAUGAUGAGCUCCAUCAGGAACACGCUGAACUCUCCUCUCAGGCCAGAGGUCAGCCUCAGCACAUGCAGCAAAUAGAGAUGAGAGGCAGCAGUCAGCGAGGUGUUUCUACAGAGAUCUGUCACUCUGUAGAGGAGGAACUCAGAGGAGAGGAGACUGUUCAUGAAGCCACCUCCAGCUCUGAGCUAACUAGCUUUAGCAGUGUGCAGCAUCUGGCCUCCAGUCAGAGCAGAACCCCAGACGGUCUGCAGGACUCAGCAGCUGUUACUGAGCUGGGUCCCUCUGGAGCAUCAACUGUAUCAAGGCCUGGUGAUCACAGCCAUGGACCUGCUGACUCACUGAGCAAACUACAGACUGAUGAAGGGAACAGAGGGAUGAGAGAGAAUCAUGAUGGGAAACUAGUAGAAAACAAGAGAGAAGCUGGGGAGAGCAACGAGGAGCAGCAGGGGAACAGACCAGAGAUCCAAGGAGAGGAUGAGGAUGAUGCAGGAGAACAGAGAGGACAGCCAGACAGACCAGAGGACAGCCAGGGGACAGCACAGAAUACUGGGGACCUUAAACAGGCUGGAACAGGAACACAUGAUAGAGCAGCUGGAGGAGGGACAUGUGGACUAGAGCAGAGAGGAAAGACAGGGCAACACACAGCAGAGAGACAGAUAGCAGCUCAGACGGCUGAUAGGACCACGGAGGAGAUCAGCACUCAGCCGGGCAUUGACUCCAGGGACUCACAGACACUGGAGGCCUCACAGAGACAUGAGGACUCCAGGGACUCACAGACACUGGAGGCCUCACAGAGACAUGAGGACUCCAGACAUGAGAACAAAGGCCAUGAGACCAGGAGGGAACCACAAACCUUCUCUUCUGAUCAGCACCAACGUCUCCAUCAGGGGCCAAACUCUGUCAUUCAAGCUGUGAUAGACAGCUGUUAUACUGAGUCAGGACAGACAGGUAAACAUGAGUCAGGCCAGACAGGUAAACAUGAGUCAGGCCAGACAGGUAAACAUGAGUCAGCACAGACAGGUAAACAUGAGUCAGGCCAGACAGGUAAACAUGAGUCAGGCCAGACAGGUAAACAUGAGUCAGGCCAGACAGGUAAACAUGAGGAACACAUGGAGGAGAAACCAUCCAACACACCAACAACCAGUACUGAUCCUCCUGGACCUCUGAACCUGUCCAGUGUCUGGAGCUCACCAACCAGUACGGCACCAGUAGCUGCCCAGUCAGGUGGAACUGUCACUAUCCAAGAGUUUGAGGCAACAACAACAACAACAACAACAACAACAGAACCUAGUAAACUUUCUGACGUUACAGAAGUUUUACCUCAGAGAGGACAGCUGAAGUCUCUGCUAGCUGGUGGUGAAGAUGUUUCUAGUAGAUAUAGAGAGAUAGAAGGAGAGUUAAAUAUAGACACAUAUGAAAACGCUGCCUGUGAGAAAACCCAGGAACCUCUGGAAACAUCUGACCUGAAGAACAUCUGUGCUGAGAUCACAUUGGACCCUGAAUCUCAGACCGAGACUGGCCGCGGUCAGGAGAACCUAAAAAAUGACAAAAUAGAAGACGCCGUAGAUUCAAACAAGACUAAAAGUGAAACUGCAUUGAAGCCGGCUGCCCAUCCAAGCCAUGAGAGUAAUGCAUCAUCAGAAACCAGCAGUGCUGCAUGCUAUCAACAGUCUCCAGCAGAAGAAACGCUGCUGGGUGACACUAAUGACUCGUCUCUGCUGAGCAACAAGACGUACAGGUCGUCGUUUGAUUGGAGCAGCGCUCAGAGACAAACAGGAAGCUCCAGAGCUGAGUCAGACCUCUCCAUCCUACAUCACUUUGUUCAGGGAUCCUCUCUGUCUGAGAGAAACACAAGUGAUCCUGGUGGACUCAGACCUGCUCCCAACACAAUACCCACGUUCCUCAGAAGAAACAAACACAGUAAAGUCCCCUUAGUGAUCAGCAGGGCCUCGGACCUGUUGGAGGCCUCCAGAGUCUCUGGGACGCCAGCCGCCUCGAGGAGACCCCAGCAGGGUCCUGGAGCGAGCUGCAGGGACACGGCCAGCAGGUCUCUGUCCAUCACAUCUCCUCCAGUCUCAGCAUCCAUCUCAGCCAGCAGACUGUCAUGGCAAACUGCUCCAGGGUGUAGCAGAGCUCCUGGUUCAGCUCUAGCUGCUGGUUCAGACUCAGACAGACUCUCUGGUUCCCAGGAGAGGGAAGACCAGCAGUCAUCACUCAGAGCCCAGAUCUCCAAAAUCGAACAGUUCCUCAGUACAGAGAGGCUCCGUCUCCCCAAAAGACGAAAAACUGACAACUAAACUUAAAAACUUAGUGUUCUGCUGAGGGAUGCAACUCUAUAUGACAAACAUGUCUUCUGAUGAGAUCCUUAGCUGUGGAAAAUGUGCUAGGAUAUCUCAUCUUUGGCUCAAAUCAUUACCUGUUCACAUUGCUGUUAUAAAAAAAAAUUUCCAUAAUUAACUUGAAUGUAAAACUGCUUUGUUAAUUUGUUCUUGUUGCAUUUACAUUGUAGGUAACUAGGAGAAUACUUAUUAUUCCCUUGGAUGUUUAUAUAUUUAUGUAAUUUUUUAAGAUUUUAGUUAAAUAUACAGUUCUAUGUAAGUAAAUGUAUGCAUUGUCCCAGAAACAAGAAUCAUUUUACUUGUUUUCUUGUCAUUUGAAAGUUUUUUUGUCAGUUGUAUCAGAAGUUUCUCCAUAAAACUCUUGUCAGACAGC